UGAUAAAGAGCUCUACUGCUACAACUUGCAAGUGUUGAGAUAACACCACAGCAGAGUAAAUUCAGCAUUAGAGCAUGUACUUUGUGUGUGGGUUGGUGUGUAGCCUGUGAACGGUGACGUGUGGCUUGUCAAUGCUGCUGAUCAGUUCCCCGGGGCGCUGAGUGGCUCGAUGGGGCUGAAGGGCUCUGUGUCCUCUGGGAUGGAGGCGUAUAAAUGCUGGAGCCUCUGGUCUCUGCUUCCUGCUGCCUGCUGGAGUGGACAUGAAGAGCAGCUUACGCAGAGGCAAGAAGAAGAGGCUUUGCGCGCUGAUAAAAGGUACCACAGAGUGCACUGUAGCCCCAGUUGCAAUGGCGGACAGUGACCACGAGGCUCACUCUUCAUCAGACGAGCAGGACUCCUGCCCUGCCUCCCCUAAUCACAGCAGGGACCGUGAUGCUGAACAGCAUUCAAGCCAUUCAGACGACUCAGAGGUGGAGAACAUUAUGCAAGACCCUCACCACCAAGGAGGGCACCAUGAUGACAAGCACCACCACCAUCAUGGCCAUGAGCCUCAUGAUGCAGACGGGGAAGCUGAGGGCGAAGACCGCCCCCACACCCCGUCAUAUUUGCGCCCCCCUGUAGCGGGUAGGGCGCAGUCGGAUUCAGGUUCAGACCCCAGUUUACCGCAGAGCAGAAGCGUGGAGUUUGACUUGUCGUCCCCCAUCAGUCCCACCAGGCCCAAGAGUCCCUGGGGUCGAUUCGACCCAUACAACAAUAAUGAGGACCAGGACAAGGAAUAUGUGGGUUUUGCGACGCUGCCAAACCAGGUGCACCGCAAGUCAGUCAAGAAGGGAUUUGACUUCACGCUCAUGGUAGCAGGGGAGUCCGGCCUGGGAAAGUCCACCCUGGUCAACAGUCUGUUUCUCACAGAUCUUUACAAAGAUAGGAAGCUGCUCAAUGCUGAAGGUGAGGAAGCCGCAGCUUUUGAUAUACGUUUUCGGUUUUCUUUAAAUAAAUAUUUACCCUUCAAUAUAUCAUGGCUGAUAUUAAAAACAAUGGUCUGUUUGUGUCCUCUCCCUAUAGAGCGAAUCACACAAACAGUAGAAAUCACUAAACACACAGUGGAUAUAGAAGAGAAAGGCGUCAAACUGAAGCUCACUAUCGUGGACACCCCUGGGUUUGGGGAUGCUGUAAACAACACUGAAUGCUGGAAGUCAGUGGCUGACUACAUCGACCAGCAGUUUGAGCAGUACUUCAGGGACGAGAGUGGCCUCAACCGCAAGAACAUCCAGGACAACCGCGUACACUGCUGCCUCUAUUUCAUCUCACCCUUCGGUCAUGGCCUCCGGCCUUUGGAUGUGGAGUUUAUGAAAGCUCUGCAUGAGAAGGUUAACAUCGUCCCCAUCUUGGCCAAAGCAGACACGCUCACCCCCAGUGAGGUCAAGAAAAAGAAAAUCAAGAUCCGAGAAGAGAUUGAGCAGUAUGGUAUCAAGAUAUAUCAGUUCCCCGACUGUGACUCUGACGAAGAUGAGGACUUUAAGCAGCAAGACACUGAGCUCAAGGAAAGCAUUCCUUUUGCAGUUAUUGGCAGCAACACAGUGGUGGAGGCCAAAGGGAAGAGGGUGCGAGGCCGUCUCUACCCCUGGGGCAUCGUAGAGGUGGAGAACUCGGCACACUGUGAUUUCGUGAAGCUGAGGAACAUGCUCGUCCGCACACACAUGCAAGAUCUGAAGGACGUGACCCGGGAGACUCACUACGAGAAUUACAGAGCCCACUGCAUCCAGAGCAUGACCCGCAUGGUUGUGAAGGAACGCAACCGCAAUAAACUAACCAGGGAGAGCGGCACAGACUUCCCCAUCCCCGUGGUGCCCGCAGUGGCGGACAGCGAGACAGAAAAGCUCAUCCGAGAAAAAGACGAGGAGUUGCGGCGGAUGCAGGAGAUGCUGCAGAGGAUCCAGGAUCAGAUGCACACUCCGAAAGACGGCUAUUAACGCAGGACAGCAGUCACGCUGUGUACAUGUCUCUCUUUAACUGGGAUUAAAAAAAAUAAUAAAAACACCCAGGAAACCUUUAUUCCUCUCUAGAACAUUGACGUCCCCACGUGUCCACCCAACCACCAUCAACCUCAUCACGGCAGCACGUUACACCUGGAUCAGGGACCUGCGAGGACGUGGUAAGACGUUCUGACGACUCCCUUUAUCCUCUGACAUUAUGGCACCACUGCUGCACAACACUCGACCCUCCACUCUACUGUUCUGUCAAAAGUUUCAAAUGAUUAAAAAAUAUACAGGUUUGUUGUUUGUUUGAAUAAAUCGUCUCUAGUUUGAGGGUUUGUUUAGUCGACGAGCGGUUUUUCAGAUAUCUGAACUUUAUUUAGCCACAUGAUCACAGGGCUGUUUUAUUUCAUUUUAUUUUUUUACAUACGGUCUGAUCCAAGGUUUACAUGUGGUGACCUGCUCAGAUGCUUUCAAGCACACUUUUCUGGUGCAAGUGUUUAUUUUUUAUUAUCUCUAUAAGUCAACAUGCAUAUAUACUGUAAUACUUUGUUCUACUGUUUUUCAUCUUGUUUGUGUUCCUGGUUUUAUUUAACUACACUGCUUGACAUUAUGUAUGGAUGGUUGUUUUAUGUAGAUUUCCCUUCAGAUGAGUUUAAUCUUUAUGCGAGGGUUGUUCAGAUUCAUUUAAAUGUGCAUGUUGACAGUUGCCACCUCUGCUGCCUGACAGCAUGGAUGUUAGUGGCUCUGCUCAGUGUUGGCCAGUCUUAACUACUCACUGCCUGAUUGCCAUAACAACAUUUAAAAUAAUCUAACUUUACAUGACAAAGGAGCCCUUUAUUAGUUGGAGAAUUCCCCAAAACAAAGGCCGUGCAGUGUAUUUAUGUUUGCAUGUCUUGUGAAGGUUACUCAGAUUGCAGAUCAGUUAAGUGAUCAUAAGGUUAUUUAUGGGCAAUGAAAAUAUGUAGCUACUUAAUUGUUGAGGAAAAUAUAUUGAGAAGAGGUGGAUUUCUUAUUUUAUUUUGGGCUGGUUAUAAUUUUGUCCUCAAUUCAAGGGAACUCAUAAAUUGAUGUGUGCUAACUUUAAUGUUUAUCUUAUUGCCAAAGCCAACGAUGACAAACUUAAUUUUUCCUAGAUUUGGGAUUUUCCUUUUCAAAGUGUGAAUUUUGUUUUGUGUUGACAUGAAGAAAAACGCAUCAAAGUCAAGAGUAAUGAUCAAAACUAUUGAAUGAACUUUAUCUAACUUUUCUUGCUAAUCGUUUCUAUCUUCCGAGUACAAACUCUUAUGUGGAAGUGAAAUUACUCUGCCGUGUUGUGUUUAUGUAAGAAAACAACUUACAUUCCUGCAGCUUCUGUCCCAGAGUCAGAUGUUACUUUUGUUUCCGAAUUUUUUUUAUAUUAAAUUUGUCUUGUUAUUCUACUUUUUGAAGUAUAUUUAUGUAAUAAAUUUAUAAAUGAAUUGCGGAUGGAGAGGGCAAUAUGUACAAAUUCUAAUAUUGUAAUAAAAUAUGAAUAUAAUUUCA